AGUGAGAUUCGAAAAGGUGAAAGAUUGUCGAGAGCAUGUCUCACUGGUUGUAAUCUUCCGUCCUUUGCACUCCCGCCAACAUGGAAGAACUUUUUUCCAGAUGUUGGCGAUGAUGAAGUGGGUGUGGCGAUCGCAGCCCCUCCUCGAGAAGGCGAAGCCAAUGAAGAACUCAUCAGUUACAUGAGAGGUGUUUUAGGACUGAAGAAGAGUGAGCUCGUCCUAGAUAAGGGCGGGAAAUCUCGCUCGAAGACAUUACUCAUCACUUCAUCUCGAAUUUCCUCGGAUGAGGUCGUCGCUAAAUUGAAGGCUGCUGCUGAGAACUGA